GGCAGCUAUAUCCUAAUAAAUAGUUUCUUGUACUUUGUUCUCACACUUCAGCUUUUAGCCGCGUAAUCACCCUGUAGGCAAUUUUUUUUGGGGUGCCUAUUUUAUUGUAAAAAUUGAAAGACAUACAUGAGAAAACAUUAUCCUGAGAAUUUUAUUUAAAACUGACAACUAGAAUAUGUUCAAAUGUUUUACAUUUCAUUGCAAGAAUCAUGCGAUAAUAUUCACACAGCAAAAUCAACAACAUGGUUGCUGGAUUCAUGCCAUUACAGAAAAAAUAGUAAAUGAGGGAGAGCAUCUGUAGCUGUGUUUCCAUCGUAAUGCUUUUAUAAAUGUAUCAACAAAGUCCGAACAUGAUAAAUCAGAUAAAUCAGUCGAAGUUUCUGUGUUAUAGUCAAGUCUCCGAAAAUAUACGCAUCAAUGUAAACCAUAAAAAAAUACUCACUCAAGAAAAAGUAGAAAGGAACAUAAAAACACUGCGUUUUGUUAUUUUUUAUCACUUUUGAUAAUAAUACAUGCAAGUGACAGUUUAUUAAUUACUUAUUCUUGAAUUAUUAACCACUAACCUUUUUGUAAUUCAAUAUGUAAAAACGUUAUCUGAUUUUGCCACAAAAAAAUACGCACAGCAUGGCUAAACACAAGUAGCGUGUAAGCACAGCUAAGCGGUACCAUUUUAAAAACUAAAUUUUUUUCUUACCCGCACAGACUUUAUAUUUGACUAUUUUAAGAAAACAAACACUCACCCGCAUUGACUUUUUGAAAAAUAGAUGCGUUUUUUUAAAUGGGCGAUUUUUUUAAAAAAUACGCACCCAGAAGCGCAAUAUGCGCCAUGAAUAUUUUAUUAGUCUUUUCUUCAUUUAAUCAAAAGGACAACACUGAUUCUUUUGUUUUAGAGCCUGGGAUCUAAAUUUACCAUAGAUUUGCUCACAUGCAUUCAAAAAACAUUUUCUUUUUCUUUUAAACGCGAACGAAACAAGAUCAAAACGUCAAAGACAGUAAGUAAUUCGAAAACAUGUUUGCCUAAUAUAGAAGCAACCACCGUGAUUAAAAUUUAAAAUUGACAAACACUUUAAAACUAACUUACAAGUCUCGUUUCUGAAUUUUCUUUUACAUUCAUUAGGCUAAAAAAUCGAUCAAAAAGUGGACUGAGGAAGACCUGGCAAGCGCGUUAUCUGAGGUCGAAAAUGGAAUCUCGUUUAUCCGAGCAACAGCCAAAAAAUACGGAGUAAACGAAGCCACAAUUCGCCUAAAAAUAAGAAAUAAAAAGGAAAAUAAACAAUUCGUAGGGUCUGGCCGAAAACCCACCCUUACUGAAUCAACUGAAUCGGAAUUAGCUGAAGUAAUCCGCGUCCUAUGCUGCCUCGGAUUUAGUCCUACACGAGACCAAGUCAAAAAUCUUGUCAAAGAAUAUGUGAAGGCAAGAAAAAUGAAAACCCCUUUCGCUGAAAACCGCCCUGGGAAGGAAUGGCUAAGAUUGUUUAUAGAAAGAAACAAGCUUUCCCUAAAAAAGGCAACAAUGAUCUGCAGUGCGCGUAAGGCCGUGACAGCAAAUCCUUUCGUUGUGCAUGACUUUUACGACAUGCUUGAAAAAAUCGUUGAAGAAAAAAAAUUUACACCCAACCAAAUCUGGAACUGUGACGAAUCUGUAUUUCCAACAGAUCCGAAAAGGUGCAAAGUGGUCAGCAGAAGUGGCGAAGUCGCAUAUCGAGUAACACCAGGUGCUGGUCGGGAAAAUACAACAACCUUAGCUGCUGUGAACGCAGCUGGACAAGCAUUACCACCACUUGUUGUUUUCCCAGGAAAGAAAUCAUCAGGAGUCUUGGUUCUCACCUGAAAGUAAGUCCCACACAGUAAAUACAAUUCUUAAUUGUCACCCAAUCUUCUGCUCCCCUUUCCCUCCUACACUAUUUUUUAUGUAUCCGCUGUCUAAAACAUUAUUUGGAUCUUGUUAGGUAUGCCAGGUACACUGUAUGGUUGCUCAGAUAAUGGUUGGAUGACCACUGAUGUGUUUGGCGAAUGGUUUAAACACUUUUGCAGAGUAGUAACAGAUCGGCCACUUUUGCUUCUCUUUGACGGCCAUUUGUCGCAUGUGUCUGCCAGCCUUAUCUUAAAAGCCAUGGAGGAAGAUGUGACAAUCAUGAAAUUUCCACCGCAUGUAACAGAUCUUCUACAACCGUUAGAUGUAGCAUGUUUUGGUCCCCUGAAGAGAGAAUGGGAACGUGUCUUAAAUAAAUGGUGUGUUUCUUACGGUGGUAAGCGUCCUCUUCAAAAAGCUGACUUUGUGGAGAAACUUGGACAGUGUUGGCAAACCGCACUUACUGAAGAUAACAUAAAAGCAGGAUUUAGACGAACAGGUAUAUUUCCGAUCGACAGAACGAAGUACCCGGAGAAAAGAUUUGACCCACAGUUACUUAAAAGAUAUAGAAGAUAGUGCAAAAUGGGAAAACCAGAGGACGUUAUGGAAGAACCUGCUCGCGCUUCAAAUACGCCGAAAAAAAUAAAAGAGCCAACGAAUGUAAAUGCCGCGACAACGCCAACGCAAUCAAUCGACACCACAAAAUCGCCGCUUCUUGCUAACGCUUCUUCAGCAUCCUUUAUUGUUGCUCCUUCAACUGCAAGCACCAAUCAAUCGACGCCAAUACUUCCUGCAUUUGAUAAUCACUGUUGCGAAGUAUCGAAAUUAAUUGGGCCUAAGCCUUUGCCCUACCCUGGAAAGGUUUGGGUGCCCAAAUGGGUACUGGAUGAUCCUCCAUUUGAAGAAAAGCUGCUAUCUUCAAUUAAGGGUCCAGUUGAGAAGACACAGCCAGUUCGCUGAAAAGUUGAUUGGAAAACAAAAGUGAUGUCCACCAAUGAUUAUUUGCAAAAGUUGGUCGAGAAAAAAGAAACUAAAAAACCAACCCCGAAGCGUCGAAAGAUCGAGGAAAAGGAUAAAGAGGAUAGUGACAUAGGAUCUGUAACCGAUGAGGAGAUAGUUGAAGACGAGGAUGAAGAUAGAGAUAAGGAAGAAGAUUAUGCUGACGAGGAAGAAGACGAAGCAAGACUUGUUAAAUUAUGGAAGUGGUUAUCACCACCAACUCAGGAGGAAGAGAUUGUUGGGAAAUGGUUUGCUGUCGUCUUUAAACCCGAGUCAGCAAAUGUAAAGAAAAGAACGCCAGCCGCUUCUCUUUACAUUGGAAAAGCCACCACUCGAUUCCUUUUAGACGCAGAUGGUCCAGCAUGUGGUAUUGAAUUCGACUGUCUGAAGCUACAUGUUGGGAGCGGUACAAUAUUAGAGUCGUAUACAGGAACCAUGCGGGAUAUUUCACUUUUUAAGGUCCACGAUGUAAUAGCUGGUCCUUUGGAGGUGUAUCCAGAGUGAGGAAACAAAUGGAGUGUUCCUGGUUAUCCAAGCAUCGAAAUGUUUUUUAAUAGAGUGAAAAAUAUAGACAGAAAACAAUUGAUUAUGAUCAAGGUGUAAUAUGUGCAGGGAAUUCCAGGAGACGCGUGCGAUCGCACGCGCACGCGCUGACACACGUGCAACAGCUAUUCAGGCGUGCAAUUUAUCGCACGCGCUAAUUACGCUCUUUACUCGCGUAAAAUAAAAGAAAUUGACGAAGGAAUUAUAAAAGUUGAUUUUCUACAGCGUAUUUAAUAUCGCUGCUUAAGGCUAUGCUUUAAGCAUUUAACUAUUAAAAACUGUAUUCCGAAACUCAAUCGUUUUAAGUCGACAGCUUCAACUGUAUCAUUAAAAACAGUUUAUAACCACUUGUAGUUAAAUUAAAUUUUUUUAAAAACGUUAAUUAAACGCUGUGUUUUUUUCCCCGUGUUUAAAUUAAAUGUGUUUUUUUCUGCCUGUGUGAAAUUAAAUGUUGAACAUUUUAUUUUAAAAUUCUUAACUGUAUAAAAGAACAUAACAUAACAAUCUAAAGAACAACUUUAAAGUAUUCCAAACAAGCCGUCUCCCAAAAUCUAACAAACAAAACUUGAAACCUCAAUAAAUAAAAAAUGACUCCCAUUUUUACCAUUUUUAUAGAUAAUAAAUAACCUACCGAGAAAAUAUAACCCUGGAAACAAGGUUGGGGAUAAAUAGCACUGCAAACAAAAUGGCAGACCAUUGCAGUAAGUGCAACGUGUGGCACUUGUCAGCGUCUCUUCGUCCACUGUUUAAAUUUAAUUCUUUGUUAUUUACCUAUUAUAAAUUACUUCCUACAACGAACCAAGGCGUUUUGUUAAUAUAUUUAGCACUUUUACACCACUUAAAGAACACUCACGGGACUGAUAAGAGUGAAAUAAACCAGGAAAAAAAUCGUAAAAAACGUACGCGCAAAUUUUCUAAAAUAGAUUUACGCGUGCGAUGAGUAGCACGCGUGUUUUUUUCUUCGUGGAAUUCCCUGAUGUGUGUCCAAGUUAAAACACUAUUUCCUCGUCAAAUGACUGCAUUUUUAACUUCUUUGUUUCCCAAAACUGAGAUUUUUAUUAUCAUAACUGUUUAUUUUGUUACCUAUAACAAGAAAAAACAAUUUCAAACACAAAACAAGUGAUUUAAUCAAGAAAAACUAGAAUAUCGACCGUGCGUAGUUUUCAAUUGGAAGCGCGUAUUUGUUAUAUUAUUUGACCAGUUAAAUAUCCGCUCAACCGGAAUAAAGUACGCAUGCGAAUUUUUUUAACGGCAACCGACGUAUUUUCUAAUGGCGAGGGAAGUUGAAAGAUACGCAAUGUUUUUCUCAACUUAAAGGAGUAAUACAAGACAGAGGCAAAUUCUAAUAAUUGGAAUCUUAAAGUAACUAAACUGCUUGCGUUUUAAAAUAUUAUUUAUUUUUGGUUAGCGAUUUUAAACACAUUUAUGCUUUAAAUUUCCGUAAAUGCGUAUUUAUUACCAGACUUGACUAUAUUCUUUAUUAUUUAAAUGUUUUAACUUACUAAAAUCAGACUUUUCUGUGCAGCAACGACCUCUUCCUGUUGUUGUUUCUGAAGAUAGCUUUGUCUCGCUAGCUGUCUCACUUUUUGAUAUUUUCCUUUGUUCAAACAGUUAGUCGUUUCAUUACGGAGACAUUAUCACAUCUAGACAAUUAGAAUAUAUACCUAUAUUUUCAGAAUUUCCCCUUUUAUGCUCUAAAUUUAAUUAUCUCCAUAAUGAUUCAAAUAUCCUUAACAAUCACAAUGUGCAUUCACCCUUGUUGCUUUUUUUUGCUUAUAAUAUGCAAUAAACCCUGUCAUGCUAACUAAAAAAGACAGAGCGUGAUAAACAUUAAUUAUCAUAAUUAUUAACUAUGAGACAAUAUUGUGAUUUCUUCUUUCUGUUUUGUUUUGUUUGGUCUCUGGUCUUCAAAACAAUGGUGACUAAAAUAAAGACAGGCCAUUCCUUGAGACAAGUGCGAUCGCACACGCACUCGCCCACACACUCACACUGGUAAAAGGAUUUACGAGUGCUUUUUAUCACAGUUGUGAAUUUUUUCUAUUUCGAAAAUAUUACAGAGCAAUGAAAAAUGCUAUUACGCUGAUUACAUAACAUUCAUUUCUUCGUGAUUGAUUUGUUUGAAAACUAUAGAGAACAUUAAAGUCGGCCCUUUUCCUUCAAGCUGACACUCUUAUGCACGGCUGGUGCAUUUCACAGAGAUUCAAACAAAAGACGGAAGACCAUUUGGAACCAUGCCACAAGUCAGUCUGACUUUCAUUGUCACAGAGAAUAUACUGUGAGAAGAGUGCGCACCCAUGCAAGUUAAAUAUAACCAGAACAUGGGAGAGGUUAGGUGUCCUGUACCUUAAUACAGCUUUCGGACGAAUGUUCUCGUGAUGUAAUACCCAAAAAAAAAAAGUUAAAUAAAGUUUAAAAAAUCUUUUUAAAAGGGGAAAGAGAAAUCAAAAAUGUCUAGAAAUAUAUUUAAUGCCAAAAACAUAUAGCAAAUCUGCCAAUACAUCAUCGCGUUCAACGUUGUUUCAACCUUGCCCUUGUGGUUAAUUUGUUUUACCAUGGUUUUGCACAAUUCAUUUCUAUACAGCUUAAAUAACAAAAAACGUUUAAACGAAUAACAUUUAUAAUAAAUAUUUGCAAGUGUGAAUCACACUUCCAAAUAUUCACAUCACACUUGUAAAUUUUGCCUACGAGUGCGAUUUUUCGCACACCAUAGCACUCGUAAUUUUGUUAGCGGGUUCUUUUUGUAGCUCUGGCAUAGUUUUAUUCAAGAAAUGACCUGUAAAGAGAAAAUUUUUUUUUUCUUCUGUGCCUUUCCAGUAAAAACUCUGGGAUAAAAUUUCUUUUUAUUUUUGAUGCCAUGUUUUACAAAAAAAAAGCCAAAAACAUGGCGUGAACAGAGCCUACCAUAAUGGCGAUGUUAUUCAACACCAUCUCAGUGCUCAUUUAAAGUUAAGGCCGUUUGUUUACCUACAGUUAAAUAAACAUUUUGUGACGGCCUGCUUAUUAGACAGGAAUAAGAGAUCAACAAGAUCGUUAAAUAUGGCGGCUAGAAAAAAACAACAAAUUUAAGAUAUUUAAGUACCAUUAUUUCCAUUUCUAGUAAGUUAUGAAAGUCAUAACUCCGCCUGAACUUUAAAAUAUAUAAAGAAAAUAUAUGUUAAUUUAUUUCGAAAAGGGUGAUUAUGCACCUUUAAUGAACUCACAAUAAGAUUAUAUCUUAGCUCCGUUAUGUGUACUGUAAUCUCUAAGCCCACAUAAACUAAUCAGUAAGUAAAUAAAGUUUUUAAUGACAUAAAAUAUAAUAAAUUUAUUAUCUGAUGGAUUUAAUAUCAUAGCAGUGCAUUUGCUUUGACCAAAGUAUGAAAUGCACUUUCAUUUCACUAUUUUUUUGCAAAAUUGCUGCUGUAAACUGUUCUUCUGUGGCAAAAAAACCCUCAAAAAUUGACAGUUAAUUAAUUUUUUUUAUAAUUAUGAAAAAUAAUUAAGAAUAGACAUCAGCACACGUGACAAAUGAUUUUCUCAAUGAAAGUAAAGAGGUGGCCAUUGGUAAAUUCUGUGUCACUGCUGAGAUACAAAUUGACAUUAUAAUUAUAAUACCAGAAAUGAACCUCUUUAUUUUGUUGAUACUGAUAAAAUUGACAACAAUGUAGAUUAACGCCAAUCAGGGGACCAAGCCCACUAUCUAUUAUAUACACUAAAAUAUACAAAGCAUAUAUGAAUUAACAUUAGUAAAAAUCUCUGUCUUUCUUGUGCACACUAUGUUGGCUGGUCCCUGAAGCGGUGGAGAAAUAAACAAAACAAAGAAUAGGAAAAUCCAAAACAUAAGAUGAAACGUCCAGAGAUGAAAAUGUCCACAGUGGAAGAUAAGCGUUUAUCAAUUCUCAUCUAUCAUUGUUUCUCGCUGUUUUAAGAACACAAAAUCUUCAGAAUAAAACCAAUAUCGAUAAUCAAACAAUAAGCAUCUGUGCUAUAACAGUUUUGAAUCGACUUCAACCAACAAAAGUCAUUAGAUCCACUGUUCAAUUAACUUGCCCUUCUGCAGUGUUUGAAUGAGUUGACUACAUUGAGCUCCACGUUUUGUGAGACAAUUGGCAAGUUGAUAAGAUCCUGGGCACCAUUUUACACUUCUAAUUUCACCCCUACUUAAUGAUUCUUUGAUAGUGCUGAUGUCGAUACGUAGUCUUCGAUCAUCAACCAUUUUUGUCGAGUUAAUGGCUUCAAUAACACUUUUGUUGUCUACAAUUGCAUCAAUAGGAAAAGCUUGCACCACCAUUGAUGCUGUCUGUUGUCCAAAUAUUUCAAGCAACAUGUUUUGAUGAAAAAUAGCAUCUUCCAAUCCCUCCUGAAGACUUAAGGCUUCAGCUGCAAUGGUUGAUCGAACAAUACGUUUGAUCUUAUUAGCUUGCCAAGACAAUACACAGCAGUGAUUGUUUGCAUCAGCAAGAAAGACAAUAUGCCCACCCAUGCUGGAUACACCAUCACUGAGAUUUGCAUGUGAUGCAUCUGAGAAAACAAUAAUACGCCAUGUUUUUAUCUCUGCAAGAAAUGGGUAAAAUAUUGUGCAUGAUCCUUGCUUCAGCCUGCGUAUGUUUUUAGUCGCUCGAAUAAGAUCGUGAACACAUGCAUUCUUAAAUUUUGUGCUUAAAUCCACCACAUCAUAUGCCAGAUCAGGUCGUGUUCCUUGGGCAACCCAGUUGAGACGUCCAACAAUUGAACGUAGUUGGGUAUAUUCAGUGUUGGUUAGUUCUUCUUUCUUUUGCGACAAUCGCUGCGAAGAUAUACAUGGAUUUUCAAUGUUAUCCACAUAUUGAUUCUGCUGUAACAUUAUUCCAGACUCAAUUUGCUCUAUUUCAAAACCAACAUAACUGAAGACGUUUUCUUCGAACUUACCAACAAUGAAACGUUCCUUCAAACGGUCGAUCACACACUCUUGAAAAACACUGGAACCAGCAUGCAGAAAAUCAUCAACAUGGCAAGCGAAAAUACCAUGUAAUUCACCAUCCUUCUCAAAAUAGAAUAAUGCAGGAUCCAAUUUGGAUUGAUGGCAUUCAGACCGCAA